ACAACAAAGAGAAAGAAUCGUCAAGCGGCAAAAGAAGAAGCGUCCAGUCAUGUCUUUGUCCAAGCCGGAGGAGCAGCUCGCCCACGAGCUGAGCUGCCCCAUCUGCCUCCAGCUCUUCUCCGAUCCGGUGGUGCUCCCCUGUGGCCACAACUACUGUUGGGCCUGCAUCCGCAAGACCGCCGACAGGACGGACAAAGCGCCUCACCGUUGCCCGGAGUGCCGCGAGGAGUAUCAAGGUGUGGACACCCUGAGGAAAAACUUCAAGCUCUCCAGCAUCAUCGAGGGCUACCAAGCCACCGCGCCCCAGCCGGAAAGCCAGCCGGAGAACGAGCCGGAGACGGCGAAGGUUCUCUGCGACCACUGCAUCGACAAGGAGUCGCCGGCCGUGAAGACGUGCCUGAGUUGUGAGGUGUCGCUGUGCUCCGGGCACCUCCAGAGGCACCAGGAGAAGGAGGGGCUGAGGGCGCACACUGUGGUGGAGCCCGUGGGGGAGCUGGGGACGAACAGCUGCGGCGCCCACCGGCGUCCCCUCGAGUACUUCUGUUCCAACGACAUGAGCCUGAUGUGUGGCACGUGCUUCUCAGAAGGCCGCCACCAGAACCACGAUGUCCUCACCUUCGCCGUGGCCGAAGAGGAGAUGAGACGGGCGUUGGGGAUUCGCACCAAGGUGGUCUCCUGCAGGCUGCAGAUGAUCGAGUGUCUCCUUCAGAAGACGGCUGAGGAGCAGGGAGCGUCCGAGGCUCUAGGGGACAAACUGGUCGACAAGGCGGUGACCGUCAUGGACAGUAUGGCUGCGCUGGUGGACAGGUACAGGGAGCAUCUGCGCGUGCUGUUGGAGGAGGAGAGGUACAUGCGCAGGAGAAGCUCGCAGUUGGGACUCGGCGUGCUGGAAGAGCAACAGCAGCAGUUAGUGGAGGCCCAGAGAAGUGCCACGCAGGCCCUCAGCGAGACGGACACGUGCAUCUUCAUACACAGGUUCGUGAUGAUUGACGACGGGCUGAGAGAAGUGGUCACCGGCAGCCUUGCCUCCGGGGUCCCCUCGAAGGCGCCGCUCGACACCAAGCGUCUCCAGGAGGGCCUCAAAACCCAAGACUUCCGCUCCGAGAUGAGCUGCCUCCUGGAUUCCCUCCACAUACUCCUGAACCCCCUGGACCUCACCUUCAACAUCUGCACCGCCCACCCCAGCCUGUUGGUCUCCAUUGACCAGCGCACAGUCAAGUACAACCCCAACAAGCAGCCACAGGCGGAGCACCCGGAGCGCUUCACAAGCACGCCCCAGGUCCUGUGCAGCCAGGGGUUCUCGAGCGGGGAGCACGUGUGGGUGGUAGAGGUGGGGGCCAACAGCAUGUGGUCAAUGGGCGUGUGCUACAAGAGCAUCCCUCGCCGCGGGGACCACAGCCGCUUGGGCCACAACUCCGUUUCCUGGCGGCUGCAGUGGAAAAACGGGAAGCUGACGGUGUGCCAGUCCUCCUGCAAUGUGGCUCUGGGGGAAAUGAGCCACCGUCCUCUGAGGAUUGAGAUCGCGCUGGACUACGAGGCGGGGACAUUAAUGUUCCACAACAUCAGAGGGCGCCGGGAGCACCUGCACACCUUCAGGGCUGUGUUCAAGGAGCCGGUUUAUCCGGCGUUCAGUUUACAUUCAAACACACCGGAGUCCUGGAUCACGCUGCACAAUGGGAUGUAAUUAAAUCACAAGUAACGUGCU